AGCGCCGUCCAGCAGAGGAACCGACUGAGUCCCGAAAAGAUGUUGAGUAGACGAUUUUGUCGUUUUUAUCCGAGUCUCAGUCGCUGUUACAAGGGACAGAGAGAUUACCACAAUGACACAGCGAGCAUCGUCGGUUCGGAACCAGACAGGUCGUCGUCGGAAUUUAAGGAAAAUGAGGCCCGAAUGGCAGCUCUGGUGGACGAACUCCGGGGACGUGUCCACCACAUUUCGCUUGGUGGCGGAGAAAAGGCCAUCCAGAGGCACAAGAGCAAAGGAUCGCGAGAGAGGAUCGGCAACUUGAUCGACCCUGGGACCCCAUUUCUGGAGCUGUCACAGUUAGCUGGAUAUCAGUUGUAUGGCAAAGAGGAGGUGCCGGCUGGAGGCAUCAUUACUGGUAUCGGCAAAGUCUCAGGGGUUGAGUGCAUGAUUGUGGGCAAUGAUGCCACAGUGAAGGGAGGAAGCUACUAUCCCAUCACAGUCAAGAAGCACCUACGAGCCCAGGAGAUCGCACAGGAGAACAACCUGCCCUGCGUCUACCUGGUGGACUCUGGCGGUGCAAACCUCCCUCGGCAAGCGGAUGUCUUCCCUGACCGUGACCACUUCGGCAAGAUCUUCUUCAACCAGGCCAACAUGUCUUCCAAGGGGAUUGCACAGAUUGCUGUUGUUCUCGGGUCUUGCACAGCAGGAGGAGCCUACGUGCCUGCAAUGGCUGAUGAGUCGAUCAUCGUGCGUCGGCAGGGAACCAUAUUCUUAGGGGGUCCUCCUCUCGUCAAAGCAGCCACAGGAGAGGAGAUUUCAGCUGAGGACCUUGGAGGAGCGGAUCUCCACUGUGGGAAAUCAGGGGUGACAGAUCACUAUGCCUUAGAUGACACGCACGCCCUGCAUUUGGCGAGGCGGGUUGUGAGGACUCUUAACCGCAACAAAAUACCUCAGGUAUCUUUGCGUGAUGUGAAGGAGCCGAUCUUCGACCCCAUUGACCUUUAUGGUAUUGUGGGUGACAACCUCAAGAAGACCUACGAUGUCAGGGAGGUUAUUGCACGUGUAGUGGAUGGAUCGGAGUUUGAUGAGUUUAAGGCUCGCUAUGGUGACACGCUUAUCUGUGGUUUUGCUCGCUUGUAUGGGUAUCCUGUAGGCAUCAUCGGCAAUAAUGGUGUCCUAUUCUCCGAGUCUGCGGUGAAGGGCACUCACUUCAUUGAACUUUGCUGCCAGAGAAAAAUACCCCUGAUCUUCUUGCAAAACAUUACUGGCUUCAUGGUUGGCCGAGAUGCGGAGGCUGGUGGCAUCGCUAAAAAUGGAGCCAAGAUGGUCACAGCUGUGGCCUGCGCAAAGGUCCCCAAGUUCACAGUCGUCGUUGGGGGUUCAUAUGGCUAUGGCAUGUGCGGCAGAGCCUAUGGACCACGGUUUAUGUACAUGUGGCCCAACAGCCGCAUCAGUGUGAUGGGGGGAGAGCAAGCGGCAGGUGUGUUGGCACAGAUCACGAGGGAACAGCGACGUCGUGAGGGGAAAGAGUGGACUGAGCAAGAGGAGCUUGCACUCAAGGCCCCCAUUAUCAAACGCUUUGAGGCUGAGGGAUCUCCAUACUUUUCCAGUGCUCGUCUCUGGGAUGAUGGAGUGAUCGACCCUGUGGAAACAAGACACGUUCUAGGCCUGUCCUUGUCUGCCUCUCUGAAUGCUCCCAUCCCCAAAACGGACUUUGGUGUAUUCAGAAUGUAAAGAGUCCUAAAGUUAUAGCAUCAGCUUUUUUGAGAAUAGAACUGUGUGACAUUUUGGCGGUUCAGUGUUCUGCAUUAAGAUUGAACUGACCUCAUUGGCCAUUUUCAUAAAAUGUUUAAUUAAUCUUGCAGUUUACUGUAUAUCUGUCUGAAUUAAACUUGCCUAUUAUAAGAUUUCAAAGAAAGAUAAAUACAUUAUCAAAGUGGUAAACAUGUAUAAUUGUAACGAAAUAAAUUUAAGUGUCUUUGGCAUCACCUUGAAAAUGUAGUCAUUUGAACAAUCACAUUUUAUGGACAUAUUGAAAAUGUGAACAUGAGAGUGAAAUGUACAGUAAAAUAUAUGUGUAUGGUUUGAUAUGAUUAGCAUCUAUAUAAAAUUCAAGUUGUGGUAAAUCUUACAGAAUUACUUAGUUUUGUUUGUAAGUUAUAUGAGGGUAGAAUAUAUUGUUUUGUCUAGAUGUGAUUUUUUUUUUCUUAGUUCUAUAUUUUUUUGUAUGGAAACAGAGAAAGCAUUUUUUACAAGGAGGAUUUGUUAGUUACAAUAAAGAAGCUACAAAUUCAAAUUUAAGUAGUGGUCCAAAAGCCUUGUGUACAAAAAAGUUUGCCCUUUCUCCCAACAACAGAUAAGCUACUGUUCUAAUAUGUUUUGGUAACAAAUUGACAAGAUAUACGUGGAACACAAAAUAGAUGCAUUUCCGAUGUUUUUAGCACAAUGAUGUUCACUGCCAGUCAAAAUAACAUGGAUGUGUUUUGAAAUUGGUCGUCUGAUUUUCCAUUUUCUCUUGACCAAUGAUCUCGCAUAGUUCUUUAGCCACAUAAUGUGUCAAAAAAGUUCAGGUAAACGAGGUCUUGUUCUAUCCUGAAAAAAUAUUGAUCUAUGGUACAAAUAUUUAGACUGAAUUUGAAAGCAGGUUAGCAAAAAAAAAAAAAAAAAAGCCUUAGUGAUGAUAGAUAUAUGAAAUCCACAAAGAGCAACUGAUCUAGUCACAGAAAUCAACAUUGGGAGAAAUUAAUCUUCAAGUUUAAAAGCAGCUUAAAAUGCCUGGAUCUUGUCAUUGUGAGUUCUUUUGCAGCUCAAAGGAAGUGCUUUCAUAUAUCCUGUUUCUUAAGUUAAUUCAUUAGGGGAAUGUAUAGUAUUUUUGUAGACAACUUAGGGUAUUAUGUAAAUAAACUUUUUUUUUGUAAAGUA